AUGGCUCUCCUCAUCCUCCUCCUCCUCCUGCCCAUCUGCUUCCUCUCAUCUUCCUGCCUCGUCCUCGCCACUAUUCCAACGCUAGCCAGCCAGGCCGCCACCCUGCUCUCCCUCAAGGACUCCUUCUCGCCGCCGCUCCCGCCGCAGCUGCGCAUCUGGACGCUCGCCAACUACGCCUCGCUCUGCUCCUCAUGGCCCGGCGUCGCCUGCGCCCCCGGUAGCAACCGCACCGUCGUCUCGCUCGACAUCUCCGGCUACAACCUCUCCGGCACGCUGUCCCCCGCCAUCGGCGACCUCGCUGGCCUCCGUUUCCUCUCCGCCGCCGCCAACUCCCUAGCCGGCGACAUUGCGCCCGCCAUCGCCGCCCUCCGCGACCUGCGCCACCUCAACCUCUCCAACAACCAGUUCAACGGCACCCUGGACGCCGUCGACUUCUCCGCGAUGCCCAGCCUCCAGGUGCUCGACCUCUACGACAACGAUCUCGCCGGCGCGCUUCCCACCCUCCUCCCCGCGGGCCUCCGCCACCUCGACCUCGGCGGCAACUUCUUCUCCGGCACCAUCCCCUCCAGCUUCGGCCGCUUCCCCGCCAUCGAGUUCCUCUCCCUCGCCGGCAACAGCCUCUCCGGGGCCAUCCCGCCCGACCUCGCCAACCUCUCCACGCUGCGCCACCUCUUCCUCGGCUACUUCAACCGCUUCGACGGCGGCAUCCCGCCGGAGCUCGGCAGGCUCACCAGCCUCGUCCACCUCGACCUCGCCAGCUGCGGCCUCCAGGGCCCCAUCCCGGCCUCGCUCGGCGACCUCACCGCGCUGGACACGCUGUACCUGCAGACGAACCAGCUCAACGGCACCAUCCGCCGUCGCUCGGCAACCUCACCGGCCUUAGGUCCUCAAGCUGUGGCAGAACAACUUCACGGGCGCCAUCCCCGCGGCGCUCGGCCGCGCCGCGCCGCUCAGGGAGGUGGACCUGUCCACGAACCGGCUGACGGGGAGGUGCCCCGCUGGCUGUGCGCGCGCGGGCAGCUGGAGAUCCUCAUCCUCCUCGACAACUUCCUCUUCGGGCCGGUGCCGGAGGGGCUGGGCGCGUGCCCGACGCUCACGCGUGUGCGGCUGGGCCAGAACUACCUCACGGGGCCGCUCCCGCGCGGCUUCCUCUACCUGCCGGUGCUCACCACCGUGGAGCUGCAGGGGAACUACCUGACGGGGCGGCUGGAGGAGCAGCAGCAGGAGGAUGCCCCCGGCGCCGACAGCAGGCUGUCGCUGCUGAACCUGUCGAGUAACCGCUUCAACGGGUCGCUUCCGGCAUCCAUCGGCAACUUCUCGUCGCUGCAGACGCUCCUCCUCGGCGGCAACCAGCUGGGCGGCGAGAUCCCGCGGCAGGUGGGGCGGCUGAAGCGGCUGCUGAAGCUGGACCUGAGCGGCAACAACCUGACGGGGGCGGUGCCCGGCGAGGUGGGCGAGUGCACGUCGCUGACGUACCUGGACCUGAGCGGCAACCGUCUGUCCGGCUCGAUCCCCGUGCGGCUGGUGCAGAUCAAGAUCCUCAACUACCUGAACGUGUCGUGGAACCUGCUGAGCGGCAGCAUCCCGCGGGAGCUGGGCGGCAUGAAGAGCCUGACCGCCGCCGACUUCUCGCACAACGACCUGUCCGGGCGCGUGCCGGAGAACGGGCAGUUCGCCUACUUCAACGCGUCGUCGUUCGUGGGCAACCCGGGGCUGCAGGUGGUGAAUCCGAAGCAGCAGCCGCCCUGGGGAGGGAUCGGCGGGACGACGCAGGAGCAGCAGCCGGGCUCUGGCUCUUCGUCUUGGUCGGCGGCGGUGGUGGGGCGUCUGAAGCUGCUUGCGGCGCUGGGCCUCCUAGGCUGCUCCGUGGCGUUCGCUGCGGUGGCCGUGGCGACGACGCGCUCCGCCAUGCUCCGUCGUCGUCGGUCGUCGUCGAGCCGGCGGUGGCGCAUGACGGCGUUCCAGAAGGUGUCGUUCGGGUGCGAGGACGUGGUGCGGUGCGUGAAGGAGAACUGCGUGGUGGGUCGCGGCGGGGCCGGGGUGGUGUACCGCGGGACGAUGCCCGGCGGGGAGUGCGUGGCGGUGAAGCGGAUCGUGUCGGCGGAGGGCGGAGGGUUCCAGGCGGAGGUGGAGACGCUGGGGCGGAUCCGGCACCGGCACAUCGUGCGGCUGCUGGCCUUCUGCUCGGGGCCCGAGGCGAAGCUGCUGGUGUACGAGUACAUGGUGAACGGCAGCCUCGGGGAGGCGCUGCACCACCGUGACGGUGACGGUGACGGUGCUGGCGUGCUGGCGUGGGCGUCGCGGCUCCGCGUGGCGACGGAGGCGGCCAAGGGGCUUUGCUACCUGCACCACGACUGCUCGCCGCCGAUCCUGCACCGAGACGUCAAGUCCAACAACAUCCUGCUGGACGCGCGCAUGGAGGCCCACGUGGCGGACUUCGGGCUGGCCAAGUUUCUGGGCGGCAACGGCAGCGGCGCCUCCGAGUGCAUGUCCGCCGUCGCCGGAUCCUACGGCUACAUCGCACCAGAGUACGCGUACACGCUGAAGGUGGACGAGAAGAGCGACGUGUACAGCUUCGGCGUGGUGCUGCUGGAGCUCCUCACGGGGCUGAAGCCGGUGGGCGAGCACCUCGGCGACGACGGGGUGGACCUGGUGCAGUGGGCGCGCGCCCGGAGCUCAUCGGCAGGCGGCGGCGUGCUGGGGCUGCUGGACCCUCGCCUCGGCGGCGACGUCCCGGUGGCGGAGGCGGCGCAUGUGCUGCUCGUGGCGAUGCUGUGCGUGCAGGAGCACAGCGUGGAGCGCCCCACCAUGCGCGACGUCGUCCAGAUGCUGCAGCAGGCCAGGCACGCGGCGGGGCCAUCGCUUGCUGCUGCCGCCACCGUGCCACGGCAGCAUCAGGAAGGAUCGGCGGUGUAG